AUGGGAUAUUAUGACCUAGGAUCAUUGACCCCAGGACAAGAAUACUGGUACCAGCUGGAGAGUUGUAAUAGAAUCAACUGUUCUUCAAGCCCCAGUAUAUUAAAGGCCAAAAUACGAGCCUUGCCAACAUCAUUCUCUUCGUCCAAUGAUACAUCAGUGUCCCUUGUGAUUGGAUCUUCUGUGGCUGUUUGUAUUGUGAUUCUGGCUGUAGUGAUUACGGUUUAUUUCCUAAAGAAAAAGUCAGUCCAACAGAAUGGAAAAAGCGGAGAAAGGAAAAAUGGAUCUCCAGAACCAGACAACACUCAGCCGGAUGUUUUAUACGCUGCAGUUGACAAGAGUCUCCAGAUGAAGAAUAAACAACAGACUGAAGUUAUGAAGAGUGACGUCAAGGAUAAAAAUGAGAAGAAAUUGCAAGGAAAGAAAGAAGAAGCAGAAGCAUCUAUCAUGAACAGCGAUUCGCGUACAGUGAAUCAGGAUGGUUUAGUAUAUAUCGAGGUGGAAUUUACAAACAAGAACUUCGACUCAGACAUAAAGGGGAGACCAGUCAUACACGGAGAAGAAAAGAGAACAGAGUACGUGUUCGUGGAUUUCUCCAAAAAAGCGCCACCUAUACAGAAAACGCAGGAUGACGCCAAGUAA